AAUAAAAAUUUAGUAUCACAGCCGAUUUCACCACCAAAACAUGAAACUCUCAAGUGUAUCAAUUUUGAUUGUGUUUUACACAACGACCCAUGCUGGUAUCAUCACCCAUGACCAUCACGAAAGGGCCCAUUCGUACCAAAACAUCCACAUGGAGCACUUCCAUCCCGUCCCAACGUACAUAAAAAAAGAAGAUAGCCACUUAUUAAACCACCCAAUUUCCAUUGGUACCAGCUCAUCGAAGGUGGAAAUCCACCAUGGGGACAAACACGACCAUGGAUACGCGUUUGCAAACGCUGAAAAUAAUCUUCACGAUUUUGAAACAGAUGGACACGAAACUGAUGGUACUUACCAAGUCCACGACCUUGAACACUUUUCCGGACUUGGGGAUUCCGGACACGUCCCGGAAUAGCAGUAAUUUAUUUUAAUUUUUUUGAGUUCAAAUAAAAUGUUUUUUGUA